AUGGAAAGCAUUUUGGUGUCUUCUUCGGCCUCUUUUCAACUUCGACAAGAUCAAUUGCUGAACCUAUGCGCUAUCAUGGUCUAUGUGUCUAGACAUUGCAUGGCUCGCGGGAGUCCAGGGUUGGUCACUUCAGGUUUAGAAUGCCGUGUCAUGGAAGAACUUUAG